AUGCCACGCGACGAGGCCAAGCCGACGCUGCGCAUGCCGCCGAUUCAGCGCGCGCCGAUCGGCGAUGACCCGACGCGCGUCGACAGCAAUGGCCUCGAUGAGAAGGUGCAGGGCCUGCCCGAUGCGGCGCUGCUCUUCACACGGCCGGCGGGCCGCCCGCUCGAGGUGUGGCACGACCCCGUCGCCGCCCUGCCAUCAAGCAAGUCGACAGCGGCGACGUCGUGGGCAAAGAAGCGGCCGCGCUCGCCGGGUGUCAAUACGCAGCGGCCGCGCUCGCCGGGUGUCAAUACGCAGCUGCAGCCGCUCCGAAGCGACGGCAAGAGCCCUCGGCGCAUGCGGUCGUUCGUGCAGAACUUUCUGGCCGACGACAUGGGCACCUUUCGCAGCGACAUUGACUUGCACAAACACGCUGUUGACACGGGCCGCGCCAUCACGGACGCCGACGUGCAGGAGGUGGCGCGCAUGCUGCCAGGUCUUCAAACCCUUCGGCUCUCGCACUGCAUCGACGUCUCGGAUGCAUGUUUGUGGGCGAUUGCCAAGCACUGUCCGUCGCUGACGGGUAUUUACAUGAGCCAAUGCGAGCGCAUCACCGACCUCGGUCUGCGCGUGCUCGCCCACAACUGCAAACUCGUGACCGUGGAUCUGAGUGACUGCAAGCAGCUAAGCGACCUCGCGCUUGCGACGCUGGCGGCGGGCUGCUGGAUGAUCGAGACGUUCAUCCUUGCGCGCUGCCCGCACGUGACCGACAUCGGUAUCGCCAAGAUUGCGCAGUGCUGCAAAGGCCUCACGUACAUCGACGUCUCCGAGUGUCACCACGUCGGCGAGUUUGGCGACAAGGCGCUCCUCGAGCUCGGCAAGUGGUGCGGGAACCUCAAGCAUUUAGACCUCUUUGGCUGUCGGCACGUGCGUGACAUGGGCAUCCGCGCGAUCGCCAACGGUUGCCCGCGCCUCUCGACGCUCAAGCUCACGGGCUGUCGCGACGUAAGCAGCGUCUCGAUCCAGGAGCUGGCCUCUAAGUGCCACGCGCUCAUGCGGCUCUCGCUCGCGGGCUGCGUCAAAACGCGCAACGAAGAUCUGGUUUUGCUCGCCACGUCGUGCAAGGAGCUCGUGUGGCUUGACAUUAGCGGGAGCCCGAAUCUCUCGAACCGAGGCAUCGCGGCGCUCGCGCAGCACUGCACAUCGCUCACGCACCUCAACGUCUCGGACUGCCAGCACGUCAACGACAAGGUGUUGCGGACGCUUGGCGACCACUUGCGGUCGCUCACAUCGCUGUCCCUUGUCAACUGCACUCGCAUCACCGAGGCCGGCAUCGACGCCAUCACGACGCAAUGCACCAAGCUCUUUACCCUCAACAUGACCGACUGCCCACACAUUCGUCGACGCUACCUCCACGAGUUGGUCGCGCGACUUGAAUUUGUCGACUGGUCGAGUGCCUUCUUUGGCAUUGAGCCGCUGCCGAACGCCAUGGACCUCCAGCUGCGCAAAGAGCGGCGGAUUCUGGAGCGCCAAAGCGCGAUCCACAUCCAAGCCGUCAUGCGUGGGUGCCUCGCGCGCGGCGGGGUGUACGGCGCCAAGUUGCGGCGCGUUGAGCGCACGACGCUGCCCACGAUCCAGGCGCGCAUCCGAGGGUGGCUCGCCCGCAGCGCGUACCGCCAGAUGCUUCUCGCCCGCCUCCAGCUCGAGAUGGCAACGAUCAUUCAACGCGCCUACCGCCAGUGCCUCGUGCGACGCAUGUGUCGGCGCGCGCGACGGCUCUUGCGCAUUCGCAACAGCCAAGAAGCGGCCGCCGUCAUCUUUCAAAAAAUGUACCGCGGGCACAAGGGACGCCGGCGCGUCGCGCAGAUGCGCGCGCGCAAGGCCGCCCAUGCCCAGCUCCAGGCGCGGCGCGCGGCCCUUCUCGAACUCGCCGCCAUCAAAGUCCAGCAAAUGUAUCGUGGGCACAAAGGGCGGGGCGACUGCCUCCUCCUACGCGAGAUGCGCGAGGCUGCACGGCUUCAGCGCGAGAAGGAGCGGGUCGCGGCGGCGAUGCUUCAACGCGUCUACCGCGGCCAUCGCGGGCGAAAAGCAUAUCAGCUUCGCCUUCUCCAGCUGCAAGAACUCCAAAACCAGCACGCGAAAGCAACCAAGAUGCAAGCCUCGUACCGCCGCUUCCAGACGCGCCAACACGCCAAGGUCGUCGCCGCCGAAGAGGCCGAGGCCGCCAAGCUCCGCGCGGUCGUUUGCAUCCAGAAACACUGGCGCGGCACGCGUGACAAGCAUCUCGGGGCCAUCCUGCUCGGACUUGUGCACCUGCGUCGACGCGAGCACGAGGCCGCGCGCGUGAUUCAGACCCGAUGCCGCGCGUUCCUGACGCGUGGGCUCCUCCGCGCGAUGAAAGAGGUGCUCCGGCUCAAGCUCUCGCGCGAACGCGGCGCGACAACGAUCCAGCGCGUGUUCCGCGGCCACAAAGGGCGCGAAGCCCGGGAAGUGCAAAUCGAGCUGCGCAAGCUCGAGGGCCAAGCCAAGCCGCUUUACGUGCGCAUCACCAAAUUUGAAAAGGCGGUUGCCGGGCUCAAGACGUCGGUCGAGACUCUUCAGUCGACGCUCGCCACCAACCAAGCCGACGAGGUUGCGAUCGCGAGUGAGCUCGAGAAGACCAUGACGAUCAAAUCAAAAUUUCACGACUCGGCACGGAUCACGGGUGCCAAGCAGCGGUACCUCACGCGGUACCUCCAAGCACAGCUCGCGGACCAGCUCCAGAAGAAGCGCAUGCUCGUCGCGGUCGAGAGCCGCAACCUCGAGCUCGCGGUCGCCGAGCUCAACGAGAGCGAGAAGCAGCUGCGCUUCGCCAAGCGAGAGCUGCAGCCGCUCACCGAAGGCGUCGAGCGCAAGACCAAGGCGAGCCGCGUGACGGCUCUUUCGGGGUACCGAGUCCGCGCGGCCGUCGCCGAAGGUUCGAACCGCUGGAUCGAGCUCUAUGAUCCCGUCCUCGACCGGCUCUACUACGUCAACGCGUGGAGCCAAGAGACGCGGCGUGUGCGGCCGCUCGCGAUGCACAUCUUUGGCGACACGUUUGUGCCGCCGUACAAGGGCACGUCGUGGUACCAGUGCCGCGACGAGACGACCAAUGCGUUCUACUACUACAACCGCGAGACUCGCGAGUACCGGUGGGAGCCGCCCGAGGCAACCACGAGCUCCCGCGACGUCUUUGAGGCGCAAAGCAAGGGCGAUUUGACGCAGCGGGCGGUGCGAACCCGGCGCAUCGGCGCCUGGGAAGAGCAUUUGGAUCCGGUGACCAACACGACGUACUACUACGACCCUGCGACUGGCGAGUCGACAUGGACGCUGCCACCGACGGUCGCGCACUCGGGCCGCCUCUCGACCGGUCGGCGGUCGGUGCACAGCAUCGAGCGCGACGACGUGCCGCUACCGUGGCAGUACUACUACGGCUACGACGUGGACGACAGCCAGCGGCUGGUGAAGCGGGCGUCGCCGCGGUCGCCAUGGACCGAGUGCUAUGAUGAAUCGUACCAGCUAGCAUACUACUACAACCAGCUCACGACCGAGUGCCGAUGGACGAAACCCGACGACUUUGAUGUGCCCGUGACCAAGGCAUCGCCGUCGCCCGGCCUCGAGUGGUACAAUGAACAGUCCGAGAAGAACGCGCUCUCGGCGCGGCGGUUUACAAAGACGCGCGCCAUUGGCACCGUUUGGGAAGAGCACGCAGAUGCGGAGACGGGCGUCGUCUACUACUUCAACACCAUCACGGGCGAGACGCGCUGGUCGCUCUCGCCUCGCAGCUCCCGCGACGACGAGGCCGCGGCGAACCGCAUGCCUUUAACGUUAAAGGCCAAGCUGGACGCGGCCGACGAACGAGGACCUCUCACGUACGCUGGCCGCGACAUGCAUGCCGCGUGGCUGGCGGAGGCGAUCGAGGCCAAAGAGUGGGCCAAAGCCGACGGCCUCGUCGAAGAAAUCCGGUGGCGCGAGAUGCAAGCCGCCGCCAACCCCGCACCGCCCGACGAUGUCGACACGACGCCCGAGUGGCAGCAAAUGGAAGAAAACGGCGCUGUGUUCUGGUACAACACCCGCACGGGUGAGUCAACGUGGGAUCCACCCACAGGUAAUGAUGGACUCUAAACGUCAAGGACAUUCAAGUCUUAUGACUUUAACCGCCAAAUCGACGUCGAGCCAAUGAUAUUUCCUGAUUGCAAGAGCGUGUGGAUGCUUCAA